AUGUUAAGGACUAGAGUUAUCGGCACAAGGUACGGCAAAUUACAGGGCGUGAUUAUGCCAAUGGAUCAACAUAAAUAUCUGAAGCCCAUUGAAGCAUAUCUUGGGGUACCCUAUGCUACACCACCUACCGGUUCUAAUAGGUUUGCUCCAACAAGAGCACCGGCACCAUGGGACGACGUUAAAACUGUUGACCAAAUGGGCCCAGUGUGCCCCCAACGUUUGCCAGACGUUUCAAAUGAGACAGAAGCUUUAGAGAGGAUGCCGAAAGGCCGGCUCGAGUACCUACGCCGGCUUCUGCCGCGGCUGAAGAAUCAAAGUGAAGACUGUCUCUACAUGAAUAUCUACACACCUGUGCAAGUGGGUCCAACGUUACAAGCGAAAUAUCCGGUUGUGAUUUUCAUUCACGGCGAAUCUUUCGAAUGGAAUUCGGGGAACGUAUACGACGGCGCCGUGCUAGCCAGUUACGCUAGCCUUGUGGUCAUCACCAUCAACUACAGACUUGGUAUAUUAGGCUUUCUGAACGCGAAUCCGAUACCGCAUGUGAAAGCUCGUGUGGCAAACUACGGACUCAUGGAUCAGAUCGCUGCACUUCAUUGGGUCCAACAAAAUAUAGCGCUUUUUGGAGGAGAUGCGGGUAACGUCACAAUGCUUGGUCAUGGCUCCGGUGCGGCUUGCAUAAAUUUCCUCAUGAUUUCGCCGACGGUCAUGCCCGGUCUAUUUCAUCGCUCGAUCCUUUUAUCCGGUUCUGCCUUAAGCUCCUGGGCGUUAGUAGAAGACCCAGUCAGCUAUUCCGUCCAGCUCGCGAAACAAUGCAAUUGUACCCUACCCGAUGACAUCGUCAAAGACCACGAACUCCUGGUCGAUUGCCUGCGUGAAGUGCCGUUACAUGAAUUGAUGUCAGCUGAAAUAAGUACACCAAGCUAUCUGACCGCUUUCGGACCAUCAGUUGACGGAGUGGUUGUUAAAACCGACUACGCUAAGGAGCUCCUGACCUUUUUCAUUCCAAAUGACUUACAAGGAUUCACCAGCGUCUCAGGUGUUAAUAACAUCAAAGCAGACAAGAGAGCCGGAGAUAGGAUAUUCGGGAUAAGAGGCGGGCAGAAUAAAUACGAUCUACUAUUUGGUGUAGUAACGAGUGAGGCCCUUUGGAAAUUCUCUGCGCAGGAUAUACAAAACGGUUUCGAGGGAGAAAGACGCGACAAGAUAAUAAGAACAUAUGUUAGAAAUGCGUACACAUAUCAUUUAAGCGAAAUAUUCUUUACAAUAGUUAAUGAGUAUACAGAUUGGGAAAGAACAGUUCAGCAUCCAAUAAAUACAAGAGACGCCGCCGUGCUAGCGCUUUCAGACGCUCAAUAUGUAGCACCACUUGUACAAACUGGAGAUUUUUUAAGCUCAACCGAGUCUGGACCAAGUACGUUCUUCUAUGUCUUUGACUACCAAACUAAGGAUGGGGAUUAUCCACAGCGCAUGGGUUCCGUGCACGGAGAAGAGCUGCCCUAUUUAUUUGGAGCACCGCUAGUUGAAGGGCUCGGACACUUUCCAAAGGACUAUACAAAAUCUGAAGUGGCACUUUCGGAGGCUUUUAUAUUGUACAUGGCGAAUUUCGCUAGGACUGGGAACCCAAAUGAGCUACAGCGUCAAGAAUCUGUUUUGCCCAUAUCGAGGGAACGGAACAAGUUUAAAAGCAUAGUUUGGGACGAAUACGACACACUGCAUCAGAAGUAUUUAGAAAUUGGUAUGAAGCCGCGAAUGAAGAACCACUACCGCGCCCAUCAACUUUCUGUAUGGCUCCGUCUAAUACCGGAGAUUCAUAGGGCGGGGAUGAAGGAUGUUGUGGCGAAACACAACUUGUUCCGCAACCAUAACGAUCCCGAGCUGUAUGACGGGCUAGUUAGAAUGGAUCCUCUGAUGCGUCCCAACUAUUACGAUCCCACUAUGGAGCUCUAUCGUAAACCGUACAACAUCACUGUUGAUAUUCCCUCUACAACAAUGGACACGUACGUCACAACAUGCAUUAGCGUCAUGUCAGCAAGACCAGGAUCGGCGGUUACUCAAAACCAAGGACCCAAUAAAUCUCAGGACGUAUCGAACUCGGAGGCCGCGGGUUACACGAAUUAUUCGACAGCACUAAGCGUCACGAUAGCGAUCGGCUGUUCUCUAUUGAUCCUUAAUGUUUUGAUCUUUGCCGGUGUCUAUUACCAAAGAGACAAGACGAGGCUCCAGGUAAAAGCACUACAGCAGCAACAGAAGAGGCACAACUCCACCUUCGACAGCGUUUCGUCGAAGCACCCUCACUAUUUUGUCGGCCACUCUCAGAGCUCCAGCACCAUUGUAGACAUAGAUCACCAAGACAAGAACGCAAUAAUCGCCCUAACCAAUCGAGUGCCGCACUUCACCAGUAGCAACUGUCCCAAUGUAUGCCACACAGGUAUGCAAAUGACCAACAUCACGCAGAAAUCCAGCCCGCCAAUGAAUCGAGGUCAAUGCACCACACUACCCCGAAAGGUUGGCUUCAGUUACCAGCAGAACCAGAUCUGCAACCCAUCGAACUGCAUGACCCUACCGAAGAACGCGACCUUCAUGGGCAACAACUUGCCAGACGUACAAGCGCAGACAGGGCAGACCCAAUCUCCUGGGAACGGCGCAGCCUUGUCCUCAUCACCUCCCUCGCAACACUUCUCGCAAAAGUCGCGGGUUCCCCAUGCCGCCAUGUCGGAAAUGAACGUA